ACUGAAUUAGCUCGACCUCAAAAGAUUGUGGCUUGUCUGAAAAUACAUAGGCAAGAAGAAAAAGCAAAUUACAAGAAAAAAACAAGGAUGGUUAACAUUGCUUUGACACUUCAGGUUCUUCCACUGGUUAUUCUCCUAGGAACUACAUGUUUGGGCGCCACCCAUUUUUCCUUCUGGGCCAACAUGAUGAAAGAUGAGGCUGAUGACUAUGAGAACUACUACUAUAUAGAACCAGAGCAGGACGCCAACCUCCAGCAGGAGCUCUCGGAGGAAAUUAGCUGGUUCGAGACAUCUUUAGGGGACUUCGCUGUCAUGAAAGACUCAUGCUUCUCCAACCCCUGCAAGAAUGGUGGUACGUGUGAGGCCAAAGGAAGUGAUUUCAGCUGUCACUGUCCCGCACCAUACGGUGGGGCUACAUGUGAUAAAGUGGAGGACACGUGUCUGGAGAAGAACUGCCACUUUGGUGACUGCCUGAUUAUAUUAACCCCACCCUAUUUUAAGUGCAGCUGCAAGCCUCCCUACAAGAGACCCUCCUGCCAGCAUGCAUCCAAACAGUGCAGUCCAAACCCUUGCAAAAAUGGAGGCACCUGCAUUCGAAACAGAUACAGAUCAAAAUUCACCUGCAAGUGCCCUGAACAGUUCAGAGGGAGAUUCUGCGAGAUCGGACCAUAUGAUUGUUAUGAAGAGGACUCCUCUACAUAUAGAGGAAGAGUGAACCAAGCAGAAAAUGGCAGGACCUGCCUGCACUGGAAUUCCCACCAUCUCUUGGACCAACCUUUUAAUGCCUUUAUGGAGGAUGCUGACUCAUAUGGCAUUGGUGAUCACAACUUCUGCAGGAAUCCUGAUGAGGAUGAAAGACCCUGGUGCUACAUCAGAAAAAAUGAGGAAAUACAGUGGGAAUAUUGUGAUGUUUCACCCUGCUCAGCUGAAGAGACCCCAACAGAACCCCCUACAGAGCCCCCUGAAAUAUUCCAAACAUGUGGACAACCUGAAGUUCGUAGGACAGUCAAGAAGAUCUAUGGUGGAUCCAAGGCUACAGCUGGAAAACAUCCCUGGAUGGCAUCUCUACAGAGACAGACUCCAAAUGGAAAUGAACAUUUCUGUGGUGGAGUGCUAAUUAAAUCGUGCUGGGUUCUUACUGCUGCACACUGCCUUGAAAACCCAGAAACUAAGAUCCAAGUAGCCCUUGGAAAGCAAAACCUCGAGAAGAAAGAGCAUCAUGAGCAAAUAUUUGAUGCAGUACAAAUAAUUUUACAUGGAGAAUACAGAGAGAAGGGUGGUGUCCUAUACAACGAUAUUGCACUACUUAAACUGCAGCCUGUUGAUGGUUACUGUGCAGUGGAAACAAAGUAUGUGAAAAUAGCAUGUGUCCCUGACUUCUUCCUUCCUGCUGGGACUUCCUGCUUCAUAUCUGGAUGGGGCCAGACAGAGACAGAUGACCAAUCCCAUCAGCUGUUAGACGCCAAUGUCAAGUUGAUUUCGCAGAGGAAAUGCAAUGAACCCAAACUACAUGAUAACACACUGGAUGAUAGCAUGUUUUGUGCAGGAAAACUUCGGAAACCCGGAAUCGAUUCUUGUGAGGGAGACUCUGGAGGCCCACUGACAUGUGUAGAAAAUGGCUCCUACUACACAUAUGGCCUUGUGAGCUGGGGUGAUGGAUGUGGGUUAAAAAACAAGCCAGGAGUUUAUACCCAGGUGACAAAAUUUGCCGGUUGGAUUAAAGAUGUAAUUCAGUCUUCAUCAAGGUCACGUCAUUAGGAGAGAGCUUUGGAAUGACAAAUGGUCAAUGGUGCCAAUAUUCCAGGAACAUAAAAAUCUCCAAAAAUUCAAACAUGGAACAAGAGUCACCUGAUUUAUUCAUUACAAAUUAUUUCAUAUUCUACCAUCUGUAGUACAAAGCUGAGCCUGCCAGUUGUCUAGUACUAAUUUCAUUUACAGCUUUAAAUAAAUAGCAGAAUCUAAUAUAUUCAGUGGUAAAUCACAAAGUAUCCACACAAAAAUAAAAUGAUCAGUUAUAAAUUGUAAUGUUUUGGUUGCUUGUUAAAACAAAAAUUCUUAAAUGCCAUCUAUUAUGUUUCCCAGAAAACUGGAAAAGCUACAGAAUUUGCAGGACAAGAUGAAAAUCUAUUUAUGCUAUGUCAUGUUUCUGUUUACUUCUGGUAGAGCUGCAUUUGCCUUCUCUUGACUUGCAGAAUUUCUGAAGCAUCAGGGUUGAUUCCAACUUGCUGAGAUCCUUCUGUCUCCAACUGGUCCUGUAAAAUCAUACCCAAAAAAAUUGUGAAACCAGCCAGUGGAUAGGGGAGGGUUUUAACUAUUAUUCUAUAUAACAUUUUCAUAUUCAAAAUUAGACAGCUGGCAAAAAUUAUGAGGAAAAUCUAGAUCACUGUUCUGCACUGAAUGAAUUUCUGCUGUGGAGAAGUGCAAAAAUGGACCUGUUCAUGUAAGUUAGAUACCUCACAUACCAAAGGACUAAAUGUGCUCAAGUCCUAGUUUCUAUUUUGAACCCUAAAUAAAAAGGAGACAGCAAACAUCUGAAUUGCACAUGGAUUGCACAGCUGUAGGUUUCCCUGGGACCAUUAUCACACCUUUGACUGAAGAAGACAUUACCUAUAGUUCCCAUUGCCUCCCUUACACAACCAUAGUUUUCACUUAUUUCCUGAGUAACUUCAGAUGGGAAUGUAAAUCAUGGACAUGUACUGUUCCUCUUGGUCUGGAUUAUUGCUUGACUUCUUACCAAAGUUAACAAUUAAAUAAUCAAAGUAUUUGAAGUGAA